AUGACUUUCUUUCUCUGUGUUGGUGUAGAUAAGAGUUCUUCUUUGAGAUUCUUGGAUUUUUCUUCCAAUGAUUUUGACGGUGCUAUUCAGACUGGUUUAGGUGCAUGUUCUAAGCUUGUGAGAUUUAGAGCAGGUUUCAAUCUACUAUCAGGGAAUAUCCCAAUUGAUGUUUAUGAUGUUGUUUCACUCAUUGAAAUAUCAUUGCCAUUGAAUAAAAUUGAUGGAACAAUUGGUGAUGGAAUUGUUAAUCUUGCAAAUCUCACAGUUUUGGAGCUUUACUCCAAUCAGUUGACAGGUUCUAUUCCUAAGGAUAUUGGUAAGCUUUUGAAAUUGGAAAAAUUGCUUCUUCAUGUCAACAAUUUGACUGGUACGAUUCCACCGUCUUUGAUGAAUUGUAACAAUCUCGUUCUGUUGAAUUUGAGGGUUAAUAGAUUGGAAGGAAAUCUAUCGGCAUUCAAUUUCUCCGGAUUGGUCAGGCUUGCUACGCUUGAUCUUGGUAACAAUAGGUUUACUGGUGUGUUACCGCCGACUCUUUAUGAUUGUAAGUCGCUUGCUGCAUUGAGGCUUGCGUCUAAUCAGAUUGAGGGACAGGUUUCGUUUGAGAUACUUGGACUCGAGUCUCUCUCGUUCUUGUCGAUUUCUGAUAACAAGCUGAAGAAUAUCACUGGUGCUCUUAGAAUACUCACUGGUCUCAAGAAGCUUAGUACCCUUAUGCUCUCCAAGAAUUUUUACUAUGAAGUGAAGCUUAGUACCUGGUCGCAAGUUCUCUGUUUUCUCUCCCUCUGUAUUUCAGAUGCUGAAGUUGUUCUCAUGUCAGAAGAAGUUGUUUCUCAUGCCCUUGAAACCAUUAUUGAAGAAGAACAUGUUGCACCAAAAGUUGAAAAAGUUAAUGACACAGAUACAUCUAGCCAUUAUGGUCUAGAUUCAGGAUUCUACAUGUCAUCUUUUACAGCAACAAUUUUCGUUGUUUCCCUUGUCACUCUUGGAGUUUUACUUAUUACUUUGCUGGUUUCUUUGGUGAUUAUGCUGCAAUCAUGUCAAAGUAAAAGUACUGGAGUUAUUGAACUUGUGAAUAUGAAUAAUUACUACAGUUAUUGCAGGGUGUAUUCUCUGCAUGCUGAGAUCAAUAGGUUAGAGAGAUAUGAUCUUCCAAACAUAUGUAGAGAUCUGACUAUACAUUAUAUCAAAGGAGGGCAUUAUGCCAAAGAGUUGAAUUUAAUUGUGUCUAUGAUCGAUGAUUACUUCAAGAAUCUGAGACCUUCAGACAAUGGUUUGGAUGUGGUGUUGUUGGAUAUAGAUGAUAUUGUUCCUCCAAAUUCGUAUCAGAGGUUUCAUAGGGACGGCAUUAGCAACUGUGUCAAAGAGGCAAAACAUGUAAAGCUCAUGUUUGUUUUAAGAUUAUACAUGAACCUUCAAACUGAUGGGUGGCCUAUAAUUUUGGUAUCAAGAGAACCUGAAACGUACCAAAAUGUCACCAUUAAUCAUCUUGUUUCUGCAGGAUUUAGAGGUUGGUCUUCCUUGAUGAUGAGAACAGAAGAUUCAGAGUCUACUAAAGGAAAUGAGUACUUUUCUAGGUAA